AUGGCUUAUUGUCCGAGUGUCGCUCCCUCGGCAGGGAGAUCUAUACGCUCUCUCGUCUCAAUCCCACUCCGACAACCCUAUCCCCGCCAAUUCCACCACCGAUCCAUCCUCCCAACAACCCGCCUCACCCGCUCAACACCAACUCCCUCCCAAUCCACCACCCUCCUCCCAAAAAGAAGAACCAGAACUUAUCACUCAACCCAUCACCCGCGGCCUCCCUCACACACCUACACAAAUAGCCAAAGCACCAUCCUCACCGCAUCCCUCGCCCACGUCCCCAGUCACGGCUUCACCCUCAAAUCCCUCACCCUCGGCGCACGCGAUGCAGGCUUCCUCGACGUCUCGGUACAGCUCCUCCCGCGCGGCGAGUUCGACUUGAUUCUCUUCUGGCUCGCUAGUCGGCGCGGGCUGCUGCGCGCCAAGGUUGAGGAAGGGGGCCUGUUGCAGCGCAUUGCGGCGGACAUGGGGGUGUCUGAGUUGAGUGUUGAGGAGAGGGUGAAAGCGCUUGUGCUUGAGAGACUUAGAAUGAACAGCGAUGUUAAGGACGUUUGGCAGGAUGCCCUGGCACAGAUGUCUCUCCUCUCCCAUAUCCCCCUCUCCCUGAACGAGCUAUCCGCGCUAUCCUCCGACAUCCUCUCGCUGGCGGGUGACACAUCCGUCGACUCGGCAUGGUACACGCGCCGUCUGGCCGUCGCGGCCGUGUACGCCAGCGCGGACGUGGUGAUGACCCGCGACCCCACGCCGGAUCUGGCGGAGACGACGGCGUUUGUACAGAGGCGGUUUGAGGAUCGUGAUGCGCUGGCCGCGAAGAUGCAGGGCAUUGGGGAGUGUGUUGGCUUUUGGGGGAGUACGGCUGUUGGGGUUGGGAGGAGUUGGGGGUUGAAGAUUUGA